CCUGUUUCACUGUAGUUUGGAAGGAAAGAGACGCAAUACAGCGAGUUAUUAAGUAAGAAACUUUCACAAUGAAGAAAUGCCCAAGAACUAGAUUUCACCCAAUUCAAGUUCUUGGAUUCAUUGCUGUGGUCAGCAGCUUCUUUCUACUGUUUGCCUGGAACCAAUAUUCUGCGAAUAAAGAAUAUACAGUGACAACAUUAAACAAACACUACCAAAAGUUUAUAAAUAAUUCUAAGGAAUUUCCAAAUAAUCAAGUGCAUCAUAUAAAUAAGAAAACUGUAAGCAAAGAAAAACAGGAAUUGGUUCAGUUAAACAACAAAACUAAAUAUACUAUUUUCUACUGUGUUAGUCAUACAGUGUGUGGAGGUUGGGCAGAUAGGCAGCAUGGAAUAAUUUCUGUAUAUUUAAUGGCACAGGCCAUGGGUCAUCGUUUUGGCAUCAUUAUUUCAAAACUUUGUAAUUUUACUAAUUAUUUUCAACCAAACAAAAUUAACUGGACAAUUGACCCAAAAGAGUUGCAUGGCCUAAGAAGUCGUCACCUUUAUUUGAUUGACAACAAUACGUACAUUUCCUCUUUACAAUCAGCAGACUUAGAAAUGCUUUACCCUGAAGAUGUCCUCUAUGUGACAACAAAUCUAAUCUAUUUUCAUGCCUUGAAACGGAAUCCUCGCUACAAAGAACAACUGCAUUGGGCAUCAAAAAUGUCAUAUGGAAAUUUAUUUGCUAAAAUGAUGAAUUUAUUGUUUCGCUUCAGCGAUGAUUUACAGGAAAAAUUUGACAAAUUCUUUGAAGUCAAUAUCCCCAAGCCAGAUAUACAUCUGGUUUGUGCUCAGAUUCGAAUGGGACAGAACCCUAGUGUUCCAGGAGAUCCCCCAAGGAAUUCAAUGUCAAGUAUUCAGAUUAUCUGGAACUUGUUAAAUAAGUACAACACAAGCAAGUACAAAAUAUUUGUGACAACAGAUUCAGAAGAGGUACAGGCGAUAGCUUUUAAAAAAUUUUCUCCUCAAAUUGUGUACACAUCAGGGGGAAUAAUGCAUAUGGAUCGGCCACGUAAGGAGAUGAAAAACCAGUGUGAUGGUGUAAGGAAGGCGUUUUUGGACCAAUAUAUUCUGAGUGAAUGUGAUACGUUGAUAAUAAGCCGAAGUGGUUUUGGUGAAAAUGCUAUGAUGAUGAGCCAAAAAGACAACAAAGUGUUUUAUUUUAAAAAAGGAAAUAUAACACAAAUCAGCAAAGAAAAAUUUUCUGCCAUCUGGCAAAAAAAUUGGUUGUGAAAUAAAAUUUUUUUGGCAGACAGAAUCUGAAAGUGACAUCCAUGUCUUAUCAUCAUGUUAAGAUCUUAAGAUACUGGAUGCAUAGAAUUUCAUUGGUCUUUCAAUAAAACAGCUUAUGAGGAAUAAGGCAUAACAUACAAACAUACAUAGCAAUUGAUUUUCCUUCAAAACCAGAAUGUUUUCUUGAAAUUUUACUGAAGAACUAUUAAAAAUCUUCAAAUUUCUAUAGGCAACUUAUAUCAUUGUUUUAUGCCUAAUUUCCCAUGAAUAUCUGUUUGGAUACUUUUCCUGAAUGAUGAACCUCAGGAAGAUGACGAACCAAGUUCUAGUAUGGGUCCACCAUCGUAUACAAGACUCAUUUGCCUUGAUACCUUUAUUCCAUUGAUUUUAUGUCCUGAUGGAAAUGUUCUCCAUGCUAGUCACUCUCUCUCUCUCUCUCUAUUUAUCUAUCUACCUGUCUGUGAGACUGCAUGUCUGCCUAUAUAUCCAUCCAUUUCUCCGUCCAUCCACCCAUCCAUAAUUCCAUUCAACCAAGAUCAUCUCUCUGUCUAGUUGUCUAUCUCUCUCUCUCCCUCACUCACCCACUCACUCACUCACUCAAUCAAUCAAUCGGUGAAACAAUCAAUCAAUAUUUUGUACAGGAGCAAUUAAGAGUUUAUAUAUUCAA